AUGGGCGUCGCCUCAGGGCUAUUUCUCCUGGUCGCUCUAAGGAUCGGUUGGGAACUCCUCUUUUCCCCGCUCCGGGACUUCCCUGGGCCAUUUGCUGCCAAAUUUACUGACCUUUGGCGGGCCCUAUGGUCCGCGAAGGGCGACAUCGAUACAACACAUCUGAAGUGGCAUCGCAAAUACGAUGCUACGGCUGUCAGAAUCGGGCCCCGUGCUAUCAGCAUUGGGAAUCCGGACCUCAUACGAACAAUUUACACCACCAAAGACCCUUGGGUGAAAUCCAACAUGUAUCGGGCCAACGACGCUCUCAUUGACGGGCAAAUAAUUUCCAACAUCUUCAAUACGGAUGACAAUGUCUGGCAUGACAAGCACAUGAGACCAAUUCGCAGUCUGUGGACCAUGACCAAGGUUCUCGCGCAAGAGCCCGCCAUCGACGAGACUCUCAGCAAGCUGAUUCAAAAGCUGGAGACCAAUUUUGUCGACGGAGAGAAUGCCGGCAAGGUCUGCAUGAUGGACGUUUGGCUGGGCUAUUUCGCCUGGGAUGUGACGGCGAAUAUCAGCUUCGGUCGACAUUAUGGCUUUCUUGACCAAGAGAGGGACGUGGACAGUUUGAUCCGUGACUCCACUAAGGGCCUCUACUACUUUGCGCCUAUAUCUCAAAUUCCAUGGGUUGAUAAACUUCUCGACAAGAAUCCAAUAAUGCGUAUCGGACCGAAGCCAACAUUAACGGGUAUCUUUUAUGCCUACAAGGUAGUGGCUGAGUAUGAACACGAAUUGGAAGUCAAGGGAGACAGGUCAACGUCGGCAGAGCACUAUCUGGAUAAGUAUACUAAGCUGUCGACAUGUCAAGACCCCAAGGUCGACAACAACCAAAUUGUAUCAUGGUUGAUGCUCAACGUUCUGGCAGGCGGUGACACAACUUCCGCUACGAUGAGGGCAGUUGUGUAUUAUCUAGCCAAGACACCACAUGCUCACGACAAACUCACUGCGGAACUAGACAGCGCACGUCUUGCACUGCCUGCGCAGUGGUCUAGCAUCAAGAGUCUUCCAUAUCUAGAUGCUGUGAUGAGAGAGUCCUUACGCAUCAAUCCUGGUAUAGCCAUGAUCUUUGAGCGGAUCGUCCCACUGGGUGGCUUGACCCUUCCAGAUGGACGUUUCAUACCUGCUGGAACGAAAGUGGGCGUUAACCCUGCAGUGACGAACCGCGACCGUGUCGUGUUCGGUGCCGAUGCGGAUGACUUCAAUCCAGACCGUUGGCUCAGAAGAGAUGACGAGGACGAGGCAGAGUUUGAGGUGCGGCACAAAAGAAUGCGUGAUGUUGCAGACCAUACCUUCGGUGGUGGUUCCCGUGUGUGCAUGGGCCGUUACUUCGCGCAGCUGGAGCUCUUCAAGUUGUUUGCGACGCUGUAUUCAGUCUUUGAUAUCAAGCUGCAGGAUACAUCCCAUAAAUGGAAGUACCAUGAUGCGUGGUUUGUCUACCAAUGGGACAUGCCGAUGCUCAUCACCAGGCGGCAGAAAUGA